UUGUUAGACUGUAUAACUUACUCGUUAAGACCGCGCAAUUUGAAGAACUUUUUUCUAUUUAUUUUGUUUUGAAUUUCACUCAUUAAACUAUUUCGCUGAAUCAGACUUCGUCAAGAAAGAUUACUGAUGAUUUCCACUACUAUGAAAAACACGUUUCUGAUUAUUGUCUUAACGAAAUACUGAAUAAUAUGGCGUCUCCUUUUUUCAUGGUAAAUGUCAUGCCUUCUCCUAUCUUUUUCUUCUUUGUAAAAAAUAUGUAUUUUUAAUAUUGUUUAACAGUACAACUUGUUUUAUUUCAUCAUUCAGAUGAUAAUCAAAUGAGUGAGGAGAUUGUUCGUCGAAUUCCUCUUAUUAUCGAUCAACAAGAACAAUUCGACGUUCAUAAACAACCAUUGAAAAAUAAUGCCCAAGAUAAAUUGUCAUAUAAGAUUUAUGAGAAAAAACGUUUGCAAAACAAUUUGGCUAUAAAACGUUGGCGCGAUAAACGUCGUCAAACAGAAUUGAAAAUAAAUGAAAAAUUCACACAAUUAUUAGGUAAAAAUGAAGAGUUAAAAUCGAAGUAUUCGGAAAAAUUAAAAGAAUAUGAAAUGCUAAAAAAUGUAUUUCGUGAAUUAAAUGUACACUUCCCAACACAUAUUUUAUCGCAUAUGAAAUAUAUCGAUGACACUAUUGAUAUAGAGACAAAGAUACUCGAAGGAGAAUGA